AUGGCUGAAGGUGGAGAUGGAGAGGAUGAGAUCCAGUUCCUCCGGACUGAUGACGAAGUGGUGCUCCAGUGCGUGGCCUGCAUCCAGAAGGAGAACCGCAAGCUCUGCCUGGCAGCUGAGGGUCUGGGAAACCGGCUGUGUUAUCUGGAGCCCACAUCUGAGGCAAAGUAUGUUCCUCCAGACCUGUGCAUCUGCACCUUUGUGCUGGAGCAGUCUCUGUCGGUGCGGGCCCUGCAGGAGAUGCUGGCGAAGAGCGGACAGAACAGUGAAGGGGCGGCGCAGAGUGGCGGACACAAGACUCUCCUGUACGGCCAUGCCAUCCUCCUGCGCCAUUCCUUCAGCUCUAUGUACCUGGCCUGUUUGAAGACAUCAAGGUCCCAGACGGAUAAGCUGUCAUUUGAUGUCGGCCUGCAGGAAGAUUCAACAGGUGAGGCCUGUUGGUGGACAAUCCACCCUGCCUCCAAACAGAGAUCGGAAGGAGAGAAGGUGCGCAUCGGCGAUGAUCUCAUUCUCGUCAGCGUGUCCUCAGAGCGAUACCUCCACUUAUCCAUCUCCAAUGGCAACAUCCAGGUGGAUGCCUCCUUCAUGCAAACCCUGUGGAACGUCCAUCCCAUCUGCUCUGGCAGCAACAUAGAGGAAGGCUACCUGCUGGGUGGUCAUGUGAUGCGGCUGUUCCAUGGACACGACGAGGUCGUGACCAUCCCAGGAUCCGACCAGAGUGAAGAGCGGCAAAGGAUGAAUGACCUUGACAGUAUCAGUGGUGGCUAG